GAUUGAAGGGCGGUGCUGGUGGUCGUGGUGUAUGUGAUAUGUGGGUGAUAUGAUAUAUCAAUUCCAAUUAUGUUGAAAACAUUGGUUGAUUGCGCGCAGGGGAAUAUGAUUCUGAUGGCAAGACUUUCUCAGUUUUACUAAUUCAAGUUGUGAGUGGUAGAAUACAAGCUUGGUCAUGGUGCAUUGAUCGUUGAAGAAAACAUUUGCGUUGACAUUGGUUGCAAAUUGAAUUUUGGAACUUAAACUGUUUCAGUUAAAUAUCUUGGUUCAUACCUUUACGAUGACUAAUCCAGCAAGAAGUGGAUAUGUUCCCCAGAAGAUAAAUCCACUCUUAUUUUCUGCCAAUACUGGAUCUCCUUUUGAUGGUGUCCAAAUGCCAGCACUUUCCAUUCCAGCCCCUCAGCAAGCUGUUUCACAUCAACAUUCGGCUGGAGCAGCUGCCAGUGAAGGACAGACGGUGGGACCGACUGCGCCGCCCCCGCCGUUGUCUGCUGCCGCGGCGCCGCCCACCAGACCUCCGCCCCGCGGCGGCGGCGGGCUUCUGAACGCCUUCCGGGCGGUACCCCGGCCGGGGGGACGGUUCGGCACGGGAGCUGGUCUGCCAGCGUCCGGAGCCGCCCCGGCGCCGGUGUCAGUGUUCAGUCCGGCGGUGCCGCCGCAGCUGCCGGCCUCCGAGACGGACCCGCUGCAGCCGCACCUCAGAGGACCAACAACAACCCCGGCGGUGCUGGCGCCGCUGGUCGGCCCGCCGGCCCGGCCGGCCGUCCAGCCGCCGCCCUCCGCGCAGUCCGUGUUCGCACCGCUGGCUGCGGCUUCCACUGCGACAGUAACGAAUCCAACCGCUCCGAGCAGCUCCGCGGCUCCGGCAACGGCCAGCAUUCCACCGCCAGCGACAUCUAUACCGCCGAGUUCUGGUGCUCAGUUUGCCAGCCGGCCGCCGACGGCGCCACCGUCGCACCGGCCGCCGUCGGGCGCUGCUCCUCCACCUCCACCCAGAGGCAGCUCGGCGCCGGUCACCAUGCGUCGCGCCACGGCUCGCUGCCAGUACGCGGCGCCUCCUGGUCUGACGGUGGCCACCCCAGAGAUGACGCCGUUCGCCACCCCGCGCGGCUCCAUCGCUGAGCCCGGGCCCGUGAUGCUGCCGCUGAUGGCCUCCCUGGCCGAGCCCGACACCAAGGUGGGUCACCGGUGGACAGUGUCGCACUGAGGUGGCGAUUGUCUCACUCGGAUGGGUCAGUGAAGAGUGUUUCGGUGGGUGUCACUCAAUGGAUCAGUGGGGAGUGCCACUCAGCUUAUGUCAGUGCGGAGUGUCUUAUUCAUGUUAGACAAUUCAAGAGCA